CCUUACUCACUAAAAAGAAGACAGAUGUUAUUUUACUGUGGUCCUCUGUAAGGCGGAAGUAAAUUCCGCAGAUAGACGUUCCAACUAAUUAUAUUUUUAUUUAAAUGUGCAUAUGUUCAUUGUUUCAGAUUAAAUCUAAGUGUGAUGCGUGAGUGACAAUCGCCAUCAUGAUUCGAGAUCCGCCGGCCAUGCACAAACCUGAAAAUAAUAACAGUCAACAAGAUGAGAGCAAAUACGGGCUCAACAGUAGCGUGUCUGGCAACCCGGGGGGCGCGCGGCUGUGCGCGCAGUGCGGUAAGGUCAUCACCGAGAGAUUCCUGCUGAAGGCUAUGGAGCGGUUCUGGCACGAAGAUUGUCUAAAGUGCGGCUGCUGCGACUGCCGGCUGGGCGAGGUCGGCUCCAAGCUGUACUACAAAGCCGACCUCAUGCUCUGCAAGAGGGACUACCUUAGGUUAUUUGGUGCCACAGGCAACUGUGUGGCGUGCAACAAAGUCAUUCCCGCCUUCGAAAUGGUUAUGCGAGCCAAGAGUUUCGUUUACCACUUAGAAUGUUUCGCUUGUCAACAGUGCAAUCACAGGUUCUGUGUUGGCGACAGAUUCUACUUGUGUGACAAUAAGAUCCUUUGUGAAUACGACUAUGAAGAAAGAUUAGUAUUUGCCAGUAUGGCUGCCAAUCCAAGUGGGCUAGCGCACAUUCGUCGGCAAGUCAGCGGACUACAGUCGCCUAGCGGGUACGUAGCAGGUGCGGGGCGGCGCUGGUGGACAAAGAUGGUGGCGGCUGCGCGGGCGCUGACGACGCCUCCAGCGGGUACGGCAGUCCGCCCGACCCCGACGUGUGCGAUGCUGCGCGAUGACCGACAAUGCCGCGCCGACUUCUCGCCUCGAUGUCACUACCGAAAUUGA